UGUUGUGUCUGAACAGCUUCGGUCCGAAUGCGAAUUUAUGAAAAUAUACAUGUUAUAAAAUUAUGAAAUCGAAUAUGCUUGAUGGAACCGAGAGAGGUACAAGCUGCAAGUCGUUCAGGGUGCUGAUGCAGUAUUGAGGGUGUUGACAACGGCGACAGACGCAAAGGAGGAGCGAGGGGGUCAGGACAUAGUCAGCAUGAUUGAAGGAGUCGGGUCAUCGAAAAUGUACUUCAGUCCGCUGCUACAACGGCGCGCUGUGACGUCAUAUGGGGAAUUCCCAUCCAUCCCGCACGUGCGGUCAAGGUCAGCGAGAUAUCCUUCAGCGGGCGUAGCCAUGCCUAGAAGUCACGUGAGCAUCGCUAGGUUCUGCGAUUGGUCAGAAGAUCUUGGUGAUUGUAUCUCUGUGUCUAAACUGUAUCGAGACCUUGCCAACAUCCCCCGACUUGGCGACACGGGACGGGGCAAGAACCUGCAGUGGUGUAGCAACGGUGUCAGGGUCAUUCCUGGCCGGAUGUUCUCACGGGACAAGGGGGCGCUGACGAAAGGAGAAAGGGAGAUAAUCGCGGGGAUUUAUCGCAACCGUGGUGAGAACACGCGUGACGUGCAGAGACAGCCAUCUCCAGUUCGGAACCAUUACGAGGCUUGGCUGGUGGGUAGGACCAUAUCUAAGAGCGGGGGGUCGAGGUAUGAUGAUACGCCCAGACACAGCGCGCACAAAUGUCAAGGGGAUUCGGAAUUCAAAGUGCCAGAUUCCUUGUACAUCAAGUCUCAUUCCAUCACUGAUGAUGGAACUCAAACAUCAAGGGAGUCAUCGUGUUAUUUUUGUGCGAAGGAGAGAAACAAUUCUAAAAACCAAUCGGAUUCAUUUUGUGGUGAGACGUCAGUUCACUGUAAGGACAGUGGUGAUUGGUCCGAUGAAGGGCCCGCGGCGCCCCCCAGCACUCCUGAUAGGCUGCUUCAAAAACGCGCACGCGCGAAGGGAUAUGGCGGCAGUGAGAACUCGUUUUCCUUCUCAGACAGCCCGGAAUCAACCAGGCUGGACUCUCCGAGGAGAGUUCGGGUGAAUGUCUAUUUGCCAGCAAUGGCGGCAGAGCAAACCGAAGAGGAUAUUAAAACCUGCCUACUUCACGGGAGGAGCCUGCUGCGGAAGGAGAGACCUCUCAGCCAAUCAGACUUUAGGUUAAAGAAAGACACAUCUGCAUCACAGGGUGAUCAGCAUCCACACUCAAGACCCUCAACCCUAAGGGAUCGACCGUCACGUGCCUCCCAUUCCCAUAACAGUAUUCGAGAGGACGGCGAGACGGGGGUUUCAGAAGACAAGACACGGGAAAAUACGAUGAGACUUGGGUGUGAGCUCAGUGAGUGACCCGAAGGACAAACACAACUACUGAACUAUAACUACAGCAAAUGUGAAAAAAUCCACUGGAACCAAAGGGGCUCCUUUAACAAUUGAACCACUGACUUAUCUCCCCUGUCGUGACGUGCGCUACCUCGUCGAGUCGUGAUCCAAACGGUCAAGUCGUACGACUGUCCGAUUGCUGUUCGUUCUUUUCGUUGCUGAAAUUUUGACUGACUAAAACAGCACCAGAAACACCACUACUACUUUAAACCUCGGCUGUAUAUUUGUGGCUGAACCCAAUUUAAUAUAGAUUGUUUCGUGGACUUGAAAGAUCUUCAGGGGCCCCCCUCAGCUGCCGUAUCAUCCCCUGGGAUGUAGAUAUAGACUUUGAAACAUUAAAUACCCAAUUUUCGAUUCAUAUAUCCCGAUCAUCCAUGCAUCCUUUGGAAAUAUCUACAUAUGACAUUGAUCUCAUUUUGUCUAAUGUCCAGGGUACCACCGAUACUCCCCGUACAGUUGGUACCAGAACUCUGUAUAUUCCUCCAGAUGAAGCAAUUACAGGGGUUGUCAGAUGACUAGUGCCUUGGAACUGUAACAAAACAUGGCAUUAGAAGUAAAUUGAUGUCAGUUUCUGUAUUGUAAUGCGUGUAUGUCACUUUGUAAACAAACAUGUCAAAAAAUGUUUUUAAAAAAUUAUUAUUUUAUAUGAAAAUAUCUAUUGGUACUUUAUUACUUUCAAGUGUAUAUGGAGGCGGGUUAGCCGAGUGGUUAAAGCGUUCGCUCGUCACGCUGAAGACACGGGUUCGAUUCCCCACAUGGGUACGAUGUGUGAAGCCCAUUUCUGGUAUCCCCCGCCGUGAUAUUGCUGGAAUAUUGCUAAUAGCAGCGUAAAGCCAUACUCACUCACUUCAAGUGUAGUUACUGCACAGUGUACUUAUCUUAACAAGCAGCUGCUCCCAGGCAGACCCAGCCUGUUGACAAACACGAACCCGCCUUUACGACACACUAUUUCGAUCCUGGAUGAUUGUCAGGCUGUGUCUAAACAAUGGUAUUUGCGUUAGUGUUGCAAAAUAGCUUCAAUUGUGUUUGUGCCUAUCCGGACGAGAGGUCACGAUUUGAUGCAGAGGGAAGAAAUAUGGUUGUUUUACAAACCGACAAUAUUGACAGUGGCAUUAUCGGUGGAACACAAGCUUUAACUGUGAUAUUCGACGUCUUGGAUUGUAGAUGACUGUGCUAUCAGUGGGGAUGGAAAUGCUCGACGUGAAAUAGAACGAAUACUUGCUCCAGCGUACAUUUCCUCCAAAAUCAUCCUCAGUACCAAGCGUAUUUAAGCACAUCCUUGUGUAUCCAGGGUAUUAUAUCUUGAUUCUAUUUUCAUAAGUACCAUUGGCUUUUCCGCCACCAUAGCUUCUUUUGGGAAGUGACGUCACCGUCUUCGAUUCUCUGUCAGUAAGUUCGCACGGGGACCCGUUCAACAAAGCGAUCGUAGCGCCAAGGUGAUAGUAACUAGUAACUACCACACUUUAACAUAGACUUACGACAGUCAUAGCACUACGAAGUCCAGAUUUUCCCUCGCUCACGAAUAAUUCUUUUUUUAGCUUCGUGUCGAUCGAAAUAGAGAAGGGAGCUAUGGUUGCGAAUGGAUCCAGAGUAUUUAUCAAAUUUAAUGAAGGUAUGAUAUAUUGGACAAUUAUUAAACCACUAUUUACAAACAUUAUAUAUUUUGAAAAAGUUUGAAAUGGGGGUUACCAUUAUCUUAAAUUUCGUUUUUGUCUAUAAGAAUAAAGUUGUAUCAAGAAGCAUUUUUACAACCAUGUCUUCAUCCUUGUCACAUGUUGUUAGAAUUUAAAUACAUGCGAUGUAUUGCCUUGCUUUCUGUACAUCUGAAUCGUAUAGUAAAAACGCCUCAGAUUUUUUUCUGAGGACA